AUGGAGAAGACGCGCCGCCACCGGGUGCUGGCUGUGCUGCUCGUGGUGCUCUCCGCGCUCCCUGAUCUCGGCAGCUGCAACGGUGUCGAACAAGGAGGAACUAUGAACCCAGAAGAAGGUAUCGGCUCUGCCUCCCAAGCUAGGACAUUCCUGCGAGAGCAGCAGCAGCAGAACAGGUACUGGUCCGGGCAUUUCGGCAACAAGGCGUCGUUGCCAGAUGUGACGACGACAGACCAGUGGCCGCCAUGGCUGCCGUGGGCACCCCAGGCGGCUACGCCGCCGACGAUGAGCUUUCCACCAACGCAAGCCCCGGCACCUUCGCCGGCGGCGGCGGUGGUCGUCUCAGAUCCUUGGCACAGCAGCAUCGUGCUGCCCCCACAGCCGCCGGUGGUGGUGGUACAGGCCGACUUCGGCAGUAGGCCGGUGGUUGCAGGCGUGGCGGCCGGAGCGAGGCCGCACUCUGGUGUUAGCAGGCCUGUCUAUGUCAUUGCGGCGGCCGGGGCGUCCCUUGCCGCGGCCGUGUCGGUGGCUCUCUUCGUCCUGUUCUACCGGUCCAACAAGGUGGUCACCGUCAGGCCAUGGGCGACCGGACUCAGCGGCCAGCUGCAGAAGGCGUUUGUCACAGGUGUGCCGUCGCUCAAGAGGUCGGAGCUUGAGAUCGCCUGCGAGGAUUUCAGCAACGUCAUUGGCUCCUUGCCGGAAUACAUGGUGUACAAGGGGACCCUGUCGACCGGCGUGGAGAUCGCGGUGGUGUCCACCACCAAGAACUCUGCCAAAGAAUGGUCCAAGCACUGUGAAUCACAGUUCAAGAAGAAGAUAACAAGCCUGUCCAGAGUGAACCACAAGAACUUCGUGAACCUGCUGGGCUACUGCCAGGAAGAGCAGCCCUUCACAAGGAUGAUGGUGUUCGAGUACGCGCCAAACGGCACGCUCUUUGAGCAUCUACACGUUAGAGAAGACGGUUACCUGGACUGGCCGACUCGCCUGCGCGUGGCGAUCUCCGACGUCUUCUUCUGCGACGAGCCCCGCCUGUCCCUGUCGCUGUCGCUGUCCCCGCCGGCGCUGUCGGACAGGGAGAGCGUGGUGUACAGCUACGGGAUGGUGCUGCUGGAGACCAUGACCGGCCGGUUCACGGCGUCGGACGGCGGCCUGCUCGAGAGCUGGGCCGCGGCCUACCUCAGAGGGGAGCGGCAGCUCAGGGACGUGAUGGACCCCGCCCUGCGGAGCUCCUUCCACGCCGCCACCGUCGACAGGCUGGACGGCGUCAUCAGGGGCUGCACCGACCGGGAGCCCAGGCGGCGGCUAGCCAUGCCGGAGGUCGCCAAGCGCCUCAGGGAGAUCACCGCCAUGCCACCCGACGCGGCCACCCCCAAGGUGUCGCCCCUGUGGUGGGCGGAGCUGGAGAUCAUCUCCACAGAGCUCAACUGA